AUGGAUGUAAAUUUUUUAAACAAAGUUUCUUUUAUGAAGGAAAAUAAGCAAGUAGUGAAACUGAGUGAUCUACCCCUAAAUCUUCCGCAAAAAAAUUUUGGAGCUAAAAUAACAAAGGGAAGAUUUGGAGAUGCGGUUCUACUGGAACUAGAGGAGAGUGUCACGUUCCUACCUCAAAGGGUUACAGAGUCAUACCGCCCGAACCUUCGACAUUUUAUCCCAGAAAAAUAUUCAAUUAUUUUCAAGGGGACAGUGGACGUCGGAAAAACGAAUCCCGCACUAUCGUUUCUAAUAGUAGAAAAUAAUCAAUCUUCAGAAGGAGGACAGCAGACGUAG